AUGUACUGUGGGUGCAUCGACUGGUUGCUCGGCAGGUUCAACUUGCACUCCAACUGGGAGCUGUCCUCCGACCCCUGGUGCUUUCUGUGGUGGAGCGUGUAUUUCGGUGGCUACUUCAACCCCACUGGUCCCUUGUACAGUCGGCGGCAGCGCAUGUCCAACAGGCUCAAGCUGUACCCCGACUAUGGCCUGUCCUACUUCAUCACCCUGCGGCGGCCUUUGUCUCGCAACACCGACAGGGUUGCCGAGUAUUCCCUGCAUUGUCGGUGCAUUCAAUGCUUGUCCCACGGGCCAAAUUUGCACACAGACGGAAACGUGCAGUGGGCUCUGCAUAGCUACGGCGAUGCCAAUGCAGACAUCUACUUCCUGGACCUAGACGAGUUGACCUUGUGA